AUGAGUGACAUUGCAAUUAUUGGAUACUCGUUCAAGCUCCCUCAAGGUGUCGAAGAUGAUGAUGCCUUUUGGGAUGUUCUCGAGAAUCGCCAAAACUUGAUGACUGACUGGCCUGAGAGUCGUGUCAAGAUAGAUUCAUUUGCCAACAACAAGCAUCAGAAGUGGAAUGGAAAAGGAGGGCACUUCAUCAACGACGAUGUCGCCGCCUUCGACGCCCCCUUCUUCUCACUCACGGCCAAAGAAGCUUCGGCGAUGGAUCCGAUGCAGCGCUGGACGCUGGAAGCUACUUACCACGCUUUCGAGAAUGCGGGUCUCCCAGUCGACAGUCUCAAGGGCUCUCGCACUGCCGUCUUCUCGGCCUCUAUGCUAGAGGACUACAGUAGAAUGACCGCCGUGGACCCAGAUAACUUGGAGCGAACGGCUGCGACUGGAAGUACUGUCUCGUGUAUUAUUCCGAAUCGUGUCAGUUGGUACUUUGACCUUCGUGGGCCAAGCAUUCACGUCAACACUGCUUGUUCUAGUAGCUUGUCGGCUGUCGAUAUGGCCUGCAAAGCUCUGAAGAGCGGCGAUGCUUCAUGCGCUGUCGUGGCUGGUGCAAACCUUCUUCUUGAUCCAAGCAUCUUCCAGGUUCUGGCUAACCAAGGUUUUCUCUCACCUGAUGGCGUUUGUUACAGCUUUGAUGAACGGGCCAACGGGUAUGCACGAGGUGAAGGAGUUAUUGCCGUUAUUCUGAAGCCUGUGCAAGCUGCGAUUGAGAAUGGUGAUAUGAUUCGAGCUGUGAUCCGAUCGAUUGGCUCGAACCAGGAUGGCCAUACCCCGAUUCUCACACAGCCAAGCCCUCAAUCUCAGGAGGAGCUGAUUCGCCAUGUUUACAAACAAGCAGGUUUGUCGAUGAGCGAAACCCGAUACAUUGAAGCCCACGGCACGGGCACACCUGUCGGUGAUCCAAUCGAGGUCAAAGCCAUCGGGCGGUGCUUUCAAGACCAUCGCUCUCACCUGGAACCACUCUACGUCGGUUCAGUGAAGGCAAAUAUAGGACAUCUUGAAGGAGCCAGUGCACUUGCAAGUCUAGUCAAAUGCAUCUUAAUACUUGAGAAAGGAGUCAUCCCUCCAAAUGCGCUUCUUCAAAAGAUGAAUCCAGCCCUGAACGCGGACUCAUACAACGUCACCGUGCCAACGAAAAGCAUCGAGUGGCCUGCUGAAGGCCUCCGUCGAGUAUCUCUCAAUUCAUUCGGCUUCGGAGGUUCAAACUCGCAUAUUGUCCUCGACGAUGCACUUCACUACUUGCAGAAUCGCGGCCUCAGCGGUAUCCAUAACACAGCCCUCGUCCCAAGGCCUGUAACCAACGGCUCAACUAUCACCAGCGGACAUGGCGCAGCUCAUACCAAUGGGGCCAACGGCACCAAUGGGACCAACGGUGUCUCCAACGGUCACUCAGACGUCGGACAUCACAAGCUUCUAGUAUGGACUGCUGCCGACGAAAAGGCAGCCAAGCGCACUAUCGAAGCUUAUGACACCUUUUACAACGAGAAGGUAUCAGGGAACAGCAAGAAGCUUGACUCUUUAGCAUCUACUCUCGGUACACGCCGGAGUAACAUGCUUUGGAGAGCUUCUGCUGUAGUUGACGGAUCAACGAACCAAGUAUUGUCAACUUCGAAGCCUAUUAGAAGCUCGGAGGACCAUGGCCUGGCCUUUGUGUUUACAGGUCAAGGCGCGCAGUACGUAAACAUGGGCCUGGGUCUGGAACGGUAUACUGUCUACCGAGAGACUCUAGAGAAGAUCAGCGAGAUUUACUCCAGCUUUGGGUGCUCUUGGAACCUAUUUGACGAGCUCAGCUGUGGCGACAACAUCAACAUGCCGGAGUAUAGCCAGCCGCUUACAACCGCUGUGCAGAUUGCCUUGGUCGACCUGCUCGCUAGCUUCGGUAUCACCCCCAUGGUGGUGAUUGGUCAUUCUUCGGGUGAGAUCGCUGCAGCAUAUGCAUCCGGCGGGCUGUCUCUAGAAUCUGCUUGUACAGUGUCCUACUUCCGCGGUCUCUUGGCUGGAAAGCUAAGAGAGGCCAACACAUCAUCUCCAGGCGCCAUGCUGUCUAUCAACCAGGCACCGCAUCACGUCUCGGAGUAUUUGGAGAAGAUAGGUGUCACUACAGCCAACGUGGCAUGCAUCAACAGUCCUCUGAAUGUCACUCUCUCGGGGCCAGAAGAGACCAUUGACAAGAUCAAGUCUCAUUCUGAUCAAGAUGGGAUCUUCGCGCAGAAGCUCAAGACGGGAGUUGCAUAUCACUCACCGUCUAUGAAAGCCAUCGCGAGCGAGUAUCUUGCUGCACUCGAAGGACUUACCAUGAGAACGGAUGGAACUACCAUCCCAAUGAUGUCGUCUGUCACCAGCAAAAGUAUUUCUUCAGAUACACUAGCGACUGGUCAAUACUGGGUUGACAAUAUGCUAUCACCUGUUCGAUUCGCCGAAGUAGUGCAGGUCAUUGCAAACAAGAACUCAGCACGCAAAGUUGGCUUGCCUAACAUUACUGACUUGAUUGAGAUUGGCCCUCACCCAGCCCUUCGAAGGCCCGUGAAAGACACGCUUGAUGGGAUGGCCGGUGCGGCAAAGGGAGUAAGAUAUAAGUACGCAUUGCAUCGAUCCCACACAGCAGCUCAGACUACCCUCGAACUCGCCGGUCAACUAUUCUGCCAAGGCUACCCCGUUUCCAUCCCGGCAGCCAAUCGACAAAGUAUGAAGGAGAGGUUUCUAGUUGACUGUCCCAAGUAUCCGUUCGACAGAUCACAGCGAUACUGGGCUGAGUCACGCCUAAGCAGAGACUUUAGGCUGCGGGAGGCUGUCAAGGGUGAGCUGCUGGGGGUGAGAGUUUCUGACUGGAACCCACUAGAGCCUCGGUGGAGGAACUUUUGGAGCACUGACUCAUCUCCCUGGACUGGAGAUCACAAGAUUAGUGAUACUGUCCUGUUUCCAGCAUCUGGCAUGCUCCUCAUGGCUAUUGAGGCCGCUCAAGAGAUGAUUCCAUCUGACCGUGCUGUCUUUGGGUAUAACAUUGAGAGAGCUGAGUUUAUGAACCCCAUGAUUAUGCCAGAAACUUGGGAAGAUCGUCUCGAGACCCAGGUCCGCCUCCGAAUUGCCGACAAACAACGUGCUCCAAAGUUCGAUGUCACCAUCUUCACUUACUCGCGCAAUGAGUGGGUCGAGUGCUUCACUGCGAACAUUUCGGUCGAAUAUCAGGAUACAAAUAGGCACGAGAAGCGACGAGUGAGCCACGAGCACAUACGGGGUCAGUAUCAGAAAUUAGUUGAGAUGUGUACUUCACCCAUCGACUCUCGCGUCUUCUACCAUGAUGCGGCAGAGGCUGGACUGCAGUAUGGCGAUUGGUUCCAGCUGAUGCGCAACAUCAAGUGGGACUGUAAAACCUCAGCCGUUGCACGCGUUGAUCUGUCACAGUCAAAGUUCAACAUCAAGAGCCUAGUCCACCCAGCAGUCCUGGACCAAGCCUUCCAAGUUCUCCGAGCCGGCUCAGGCCAACAACCCGCAGCCAAUGUCCCCAUCAGACUCGAAAAUUCAUGGUUCUCCUCCAAAGCAUGGAAGACACCUUCAGUUCAGUGGAUGUGCAGCGCGACUCCGACCUCCCACGGUUACGGGGAGCAGGGCAAGGUCGUAGCUUUAGCCGAGGACGGAGAAGUCCUUUGCUGCAUCGAGCGUGCAGUUACAUCUGCUGUCUCGGGUGGAAUAACCCAAAAGGAGAAAAGGCUGGUUUAUUCAAUUGAGUGGAAGCCACAGUUCAGCAUGCUUGGCCCAGACCAACUUACACGAUUAUGCGCCGCUAAUGCUGUGCCGAAAGACGAUAGGGCAGUCCUGGAGAAUCACUCGAAGCUUUGUCAUGCACUAGAGAUCGUAGCUGCUCGUGUGCUGAAGUGCAUUGACGACCAUAGAGUUCCGGCAGAUUUGCAACGCCACCUUGAGUGGAUGGAACACCACGUUAGCAAGCUAUCAGCCGAACAUCACGAGGAGGCAAUAAAGAUCAGUGAUGAGGAGCUCGAGGCUCGCCUGGCUGAAGUUGACUCUGUCCUCCCGGCAUGGAAGUUAUACACAACGUGCGCACGAAAGCUACCUGAGAUUCUCUCUGGGGAGCUUGAUCUUCUGCAGGUGGUAUUUGAAUCUGACCAGGCCGACAUCUUUUACUCAGAUCUCUUCCGAAACCUCUGCGCUGAUGGUCAGCUCAAUUAUCUACUUGACUUGGCGUCACACGAGAACCCAGCUAUGAGAGUUCUAGAAGUCGGUGCUGGAACAGGUGGUAUGACUGGACAUGUCAUAUCAGCUCUACAAGAACGUGAGAAGCGAACUGGAGGAUUGGCGUUUUCAGAGUAUACGUACACCGACAUAUCGCCCGCUUUCUUUGAGACUGCAAGUCAGAGAUGGCCAGAGCUCAAGUCCCAAGGCCGCAUCACUUUCAAGACACUCGAUCUAGACCGCAGCAUCGAUAGUCAGGGUUUUGAGCCUGGGUCAUAUGACUUGGUCAUCGCGGCCAGUGUUCUUCAUGCUACCACAUACCUGGAAGCCACUAUACGCAAUGUUCGCAAAGCUUUAAAGCCAGGUGGUCGUCUCAUCCUCCUCGAGGUUAUCAAUCCUGAUGACAUUGCUACUAACUUCAUGGCUGGACUCGUACCAGGCUGGUGGGUUGCUCGUGAGGAAUGGAGAUCGCAUUCUGCUGCUAUACCAGAGCACCUUUGGGAUAAGUGCCUCAAGGACAAUGGUUUCUCAGGAAAUGACUUGGUGAUUCGAGACCAUCAAGAUGAUCAGUGUCAUAUUAUGAGUGUUAUCGUCACCACCGCCAGUGAAGUUGAACAGGCGGUUGAGCAAAAGGUAACAAAAGGCCGUCUAGUCAUGGUCAUCCGUGACGAGGCGUCAACAAAGGAAAAAGAGCUUGUAGAACAGGUUCACGCACGAGUUGAUCCAACAAUAGAGACCCGUGCAGACGCUGUUCCAUUCUCACUGGGUCCAGUUCAGGAGGGGUUGACCAAUUUGACAAGUCAUGAUAUUGUCAUCUGCAUCGCCGAAGCUCACAAAAAGCCUCUCCUCUCAGCUCUCUCGGAAGAACAGUUCAGCUGUCUUCAGGACUUGAUCCGAAAAGUCUCGAACCUUCUCUGGGUCUCCUCAGCCAGCAUCAGCGACCCGGAAUGUACAGAGUAUAGUGUCGCUCAGGGCUUCUUCCGUUCCAUCCGCGCCGAGCAGCCUGAAACUCACAUCGUCACCCUAGCAAUGGGUAGUGAGAUGGAUCAAGCUUCACAGGCAGAAAUCAUCUCAGAGGUCUACAAGACAGCAUUUGAUACUGAAACGCCGUCAAACGAAGUCGAGUACAUUGUUCGAGAUGGUGUCAUCACCACAGGCCGCGCGGUUCGAGAUAUCAGAACUGAUACGGCACUACGAUCCUUUGUUUCGAAGCAGCUACAACAGAAGCCUUGGGGUGAAGGGCCAGCGCUGAAACUUGGUAUUAGCCAGCCAGGAUCACUCGAGUCACUUCAGUUAGUCGAAGAUAAAUCUUUUGCGGAGGGACUCGGUCCUCAUGAUGUCGAGAUCGAAGCGACGGCCUGGAGUCUAACCUCUCACGAGCUUGGCAUUGCCCUUGGCCACCCUGAAAAGCGAACCGAGGAAUUCGGCAGUGAUUGCGUUGGCCUCGUCACCCGUAUUGGGAAGAACUGCAGCACUACCAUUCGACUAGGGGAUCGUGUGGCUAUGGUCUCUGCUGGAUGCAUGAGGAAAUAUCCUCGCGCAAACGAAACAAGCGUCUUCAAGAUUCCCGAAACGCUCAGCUUUAAAGAUGCUGCUUCGCUCACAAUUCCCGCAUUGACUGCCUGUCAUUCAGUUCUCAAUGUUGCACGCGUACAAGACAACGAAAAGGUCUUGAUUCACUCAGCUGCAAGCAGUGCAGGCCAGAUUGCAGUCAAGCUCACCCAGACACGGGGUGCUCAAGUGUUUGCUACUGUGUCAACAGUGGCUGAGAAGCAACUACUCAUUAAAACAAUGGGCCUGAGCGCAGAUAAUAUCUUUGACAGCAAUUCCCUAUAUCUUGCUCAAGAUGUGAUGAGAGUCACCCAAGGAGAAGGUGUUGAUGUGCUACUCGACUUUUCUCGGGACAGUUUACGCACACCACUCUCUUGCAUGGCCGAUGGGGGACACAUUGUCAGCCUUGGUGGUAGCAACCAGCCAGUGGCUUCUAACAUGGCUGCAGAGAUCAUGUCAAGAAAUCUCACCUUCUCUUCCAUUGAUAUUAUGCGUCUGAAGCCCAAGGUCUUGAGCCAACUGGCAAAAACAAUGAUGCAGCUCCUAGCUGAAGAUAAAAUCCAACCGCCCCAGCAAUUACCAGUCUACAAGGUAUCCGACAUCAAAGGCGGUUUCAAGACACUGCAAGAGGAUACCAUCGAGCGUGUGAUAGUAACCGCAGAACAAGGGGAUAUAGUUCCGGUAGACCGUCGCCCAUGGAAAUUUGAUGGCGAUUCCACCUACUUAGUAGCUGGUGGAUCUGGAGGUCUCGGUCGAGCCAUUAUCAGAUGGAUGGCUGACAGGGGAGCUAGACAUCUGAUUGUCCCUUCUCGAUCCGGUGCAAGAUCUGAAGCAGCUGCACAGUUGGUAGCCGAGCUGGCAUCCCGCGGAAUUAAUAUCGUUGCUCCCAAGUGCGAUGUAUCCAUCCGAAAGGACGUUGAAGUCAUGCUGGAGGAAUGUUCCCGCACCAUGCCCCUAAUCAAGGGCUGCAUCAACGCCGCGAUGGUUCUGCAAGAUGCCAUAUUCCAGAGCAACAUGACAUUCCAGCAGUGGCAACUAACCAUACGCUCCAAGAUCAACACCUCUAAGAACUUGCACCAGCUUCUUCCCAAAGAUCUAGACUUCUUCAUUCUUCUCUCCUCCCUUGCCGGCGUCGUUGGUCAGAUAGCUAGUGCAAAUUAUGCAGGCGGCUGCGCGUAUCAAGAUGCACUAGCCAAAUAUCGGAGGGCGCAUGGUCAAAAUACAUUGUCUCUCGACGUCGGAUGGAUGAGCAACAUUGGCAUCAUUGCUGAGAAAGAGGCGUAUCAGCGUCAAAGACAGACGUCGAAUGACAUGCAGCCCAUCGAUGACAAGGAAUUGCUUGCACUACUGACUUUAUGUUGCGACCCGAAUAAUCCGAUCGAGUUACCGCCGUUGUCUGAGGGACAAAUCCUUUUUGGUCUGCGAACACCCGCAGAUAUCCUUAGUGAAGGCCAGAAACCUCCAGCUCUUCUCGAACGACCUCUUCUCAGCGCAUUCUCAUUCUUAGCAGGCAACAACAAUACACCAACCCAAGCUGUUGACCACGCCGAGAAUGCGAGAGAUGUAUUCCAAAAGUCCUCAGAUGCUAGAGAGCGGCAACAAGUUGUCAUACGAGCCAUAGCCGCCAAGCUUGCGCGGGCCAUGUCCAUCUCGCCUGAUGACGUUGAGCCAAGUAAGCCACUCUCGUCGUACGGAGUAGACUCGCUGAUGGCGGUUGAGUUGAGGAAUUGGAUCAACAAGGAGUUCAGCUCUACGGUGGCUGUGUUCGAUAUCAUUGGCAGUAUAUCUAUUUCUGGGGUGGCAAAGGUCGCUGAGAUGCGAAGCUCGAUUUGA